UUGGGCCCAGGAGAAAUCUCUUCCAGAGAGCUGGCUGGAAACUGGAACUUUGGGAGCUGAGAUCUCUCUGCCUCCUGCAAGGCAGCUCUGUGGGUGCAGGUCCCAGCUUGCAGAAGACCAAGGCCUGGCCCAAGCAGGAAAGCUGGAGCCAGAGGGAAUGGUCCCUGAGAACCGCAGAGCCCCAGCCCAGGAGUUGGUGACCUUCAAGGAUGUGGCUGUGGACUUCAGCCCGGGGGAGUGGGGACUGUUGGACCCGGAUCAGAAAGAGCUGCACAAAGAGGUCAUGCUGGAGAAUGCGGAGAACUUGCUCUCCCUGGGAGUUCCAGUUCCCAGAGAUGAUUUCAUCUCCCAUGUGGAGAGAUGGGGCCUGCGGAACUCCUGUCUUGAGACAUGGUUUGAUAUGAAGGAGAUGAGUGCAAAUCUGAAAAUGAUCUCUUGGAAAGACCUUUUUCAAUAUCGUGAAUGCAGGGCUGUUCUUGCUAAGCACAAAAGAAACUAUACUGGAGAGGAACAUUUUGAAAGGAAUACACACAAAAAUGCUUUCAGAAAGAGUUCUGGUGUUGCUAAAGAUAAGAAUAUACAUCCUGAAGAGAGAAUAUCCGAGUGUCAUGAAUAUGAUAAAGCUUUUCUUGUACUCUCUUCCCUUGCCAAGCACCAGAUAAUCCAUGCUGGAGAGAAACCUCAUAAAUGUAAGGAACAUGGGAAAACUUUGAGAGAGCGAUCUACUCCUGAGAGAAUUCACACAGAAAAAGAAUCUUACAUAUGUAAUCAGUGUGGAAAGGAUUUCCAGUGUUUUUCCAAAUUCGCUCAACAUCAGAGAAUCCACACUGGAGAGAAGCUUUACCAAUGUAAUGAAUGUGAAAAGGCUUUCACAAAGCCCUCCUAUCUUGCUAUCCAUCGGAGAAUCCACACUGGAGAGAAGCCUUAUGAAUGUAAUGACUGUGGAAAGGCUUUCACAAAGCGCUCCUAUCUUGCUGUUCACCAGAGAAUCCACACUGGAGAGAAGCCUUAUGAAUGUAAUGAAUGUGGAAAGACUUUCAAACAACGUUACAGUCUUGCUGUCCAUCGGAGAAUCCACACUGGAGAGAAGCCUUAUGAAUGUAACAAUUGUGGAAAGACUUUCAUACGGAGUGACAAUCUUCGUGAACAUCAGAGAAUCCACACUGGAGAGAAGCCUUAUGAGUGUAAUGAAUGUGGAAAGGCUUUCACAAAGCGCUCCUGUUUUGCUAUCCAUCAGAAAAUCCACACUGGAGAGAAGCCUUAUGAAUGUAAUCAAUGUGGAAAGGCUUUCACCCAGCAGAGCAGUCUUACUUACCAUCAGACAAUCCACACCGGGGAGAAGACUUAUGAAUGUAAGGAAUGUGGAAAAGCUUUCGCCCAGCGCAGCAAUCUUUAUUCCCAUCAGAGAACCCACACUGGAGAGAAGCCUUAUCAAUGUAAUGAAUGUGGAAAGGCUUUCACAAAGCGCUCCUAUCUUGCUAUCCAUCAGAGAAUCCACACUGGAGAGAAGCCUUAUGAACUUAAUGACUGUGGAAAGGAUUUCACCUGGCACCACAGAUUGGGACAACAUGAGACAUUGGGCACAUUAGACAGAAACCUCAUGAAUAUGGAAACCUUGAGGCAAAGCUCAAAUCUUACCAGGGGACAUUGAGGUUCCACAUACUCUCAUCCCAUCUGAGUCCUCAAGCCCCUUCUACCUCUUGGGUCUGUAGAAGGGAGAGGAAGAGGAAGGGAGUCAGAGGAAUUGGAGUUAGAGAAAGUGAGCCCAUCUUCAAUUUUAUACCAUCCCAUCAAAGUCAUCUUAUUCCCUUUCCCUUCUAUCUAUGUAAACUCCUGACUUCCCCUAUGACCAAUAACCUUGGAAACUUUUAACUUCCAGACUUGUUUUUGACUGGGUAAAAGAGAACAUUCUUGGCUUCAUUUCUUAGACAACUUUAAUCCCUCUGUGGGUGUUGCCUUCUUCAGACUGAGAGCUUACCUUAAGGUCAUGGUCUCCACUGCUUCCAGGGGUAUCUCCAAUCAUGCUGAUCUAUAUCUGGCCACUGCAACCAGGUGACUCUAGAGGAGAAGGUGAGCCUGGCGACUUUGGGCCUCAACACCCUCUCCUUCCCUGUCCCAAGUCAAUUAACUGACUUCCCAGUCUUGGCUUCUCCUUCCCAAUGUCUGGGUCCUCUUAAAGAACAAAGGCCAAACAACAAGCUAGUAGAAAUUCAGUUCUUAACUAGAAUUAUAAGUAUUAUCUCAUGUAGGGACAUAAACAGUUUAGUCUGGUUAACAUUUCUUUUUCUUUCCUGUUAACUUUUUUUUUUAUGCUAUUCUUGAGUCUUUUAUUUGAAAAUUGGAAUUCUCUUCCCA